AGGACACAUAGCAGGGAAGCUGGUUACGAGCCACCAGAAGGAGGAAGAAUGUCUGAUCCACUUGCUUGAUGCAGAGAGAGGCCCUGCCAAUCCCUGGCCUCGUCGGGCGGAGCCCCCGCCCCUCAAGCCGGUGAGCGUCACGCGUGACGUUACGCGUGAUGGAUGUGAAGGCGGUGGGGGGAAGCCGGGAGAGGAAGGCGAGUUUGAGAGCUGCAGAACCGCGGAGCCCAGGAGUCUAGGAAAGCAAAAUGGGUGAGUUGCCUUUAGAUAUCAAUAUCCAGGAACCUCGCUGGGACCAAAGCACUUUCCUAGGCAGAGCCCGGCACUUCUUUACCGUGACGGACCCACGAAAUCUGCUGCUGUCUGGGGCACAGCUAGAAGCUUCCCGGAACAUCGUGCAGAACUACAGGGCCGGCGUGGUAACACCAGGGCUCACUGAGGACCAGCUGUGGAGGGCCAAGUACGUGUACGACUCUGCCUUCCAUCCAGACACAGGAGAGAAGGUGGUCCUGAUUGGCCGCAUGUCAGCCCAGGUGCCCAUGAACAUGACCAUCACUGGCUGCAUGCUCAUCUUCUACAGGCAGACCCCAACCGUGGUGUUCUGGCAGUGGCUGAAUCAGUCCUUCAAUGCCAUCGUGAACUACUCCAACCGCAGUGGCGACGCUCCCAUCACUGUGGGGCAGCUGGGAACAGCAUACGUGAGUGCCACCACUGGGGCUGUGGCCACGGCCCUGGGACUCAAAUCCCUCACCAAGCAUCUUCCCCCACUGGUUGGCAGAUUUGUGCCCUUUGCAGCCGUUGCAGCUGCCAACUGCAUCAACAUCCCCCUGAUGAGGCAAAGCUAUUCCCCCAGUGAUCAUGGACACCCUGGAGAAGAAAGACUUCCUGAAGCGCCGCCCCUGGCUGGGGGCCCCACUGCAGAUGGGCCUGGUGGGUUUCUGCCUGGUAUUUGCCACCCCACUGUGCUGUGCCCUGUUCCCCCAGAAAAGCUCCAUACACGUGAGCAGGCUGGAGCCGGAGCUGAGAGUUCAGAUUCAGGAGCAAAACCCCAGCAUCGAAGUGGUUUACUACAACAAGGGGCUCUGAGGCAGGGUCAGCCCCUGGCCUCCUUCCUCGCCUCCUUGGGCUGCUGCUUAGUGGAGCCUUGCUGUCCUUGCUGCUUUCCAUCUGCCUGGUGCUGGGCAGAGGGCUUGGUGGGGGAGCAGCCAUUGAGACCAGCGAUCCAUAGGCUGAGAGGUGCCCCCAAAGCCUUUUACUCUCCUCUGAUUUCAAAAGACAGGGUCAUAUAACCCCUUUCUCCUACUCUAGUACAUCUAUGUAUGUAUAUAAGUGAUAAUGUGUGUGUGUACAGGCUGCCCUGGGAUGUCCUCAUGUCUGGCUUCCCUUCUUGGCUAUCUACCAGCCAGGGUACAGGGCUUUCUUGCCUAAACAGUUUCACCAGCCAAGUCAUUUCUGAUGGGACCUUGCCCCUUCUGGACAUAAGAGGAGCCCCAGGAUCUCAUGACAAAGAUUGAAGGACACUUAGCAGGCCAAACUGGGCUGAAUCCUUCAGAUUUCUGCUUUCUGGCUCCCAAAGCUGACUCAAGAACUGGGCUGGCGGAGGAGGACAUGUGGGGAUAAGGGAGGCAGGAGGCUUGUCCCAUUCCCUUCAUCCUGGAAUGGGUCAUUUCCUCUCCUCUUCUCUAUAGAACAAAGGAAUGUCAGCAUCCUGUACUGCUCUUGCUGGCUUCCCAUCCUCCCUCCCUCCCACUACAAUAAGGCCAUCUUAGGGCACAAUCCCAGGAGUUCUUGGUCCAUUCUGACAUCAUAACCUCAAAGCUAAACUUAAAUCCCAGCACCCUCCCACAACCAAAAAGCCAUGAAGGCAUAGCAAGCAUUCCUUUUUAAGAGCCCCCGCAGCACCCUCUGACAGAGGGAGGCAGCUGUGGGAAUGGUGCUUACACUCCACAGGUGUCUGAGUGGCUGUAAGACACCUCAGGGCGACGAAGCCUGAGCGUACAAUCUUAAGACAGGGGAUUUUGUGUUGCGCUGAUCUUGUUAUACAUUCCACAGCAUCCUGAUCUUAGUUAGUUCCUUCUCUUUCUUGACGGUUGGUUCUGCUUCCACCCCCACCCCCAUCUCCAAGAGGCAGGAGGGCCCAGGUGUCAAUGGCUGGUCCAAAGGGGAGGUGCGCUUGGGGAUGUAAUAUGUGCUGGUGAAUUCACAGAGUGAAGAGUUGGACCUUGCCUCCAACUCCUGUGACCUCUGGCUGAAGUGGGGUGAAGGCCCCAGUGUGAUCCUCUAAGAGCACCUUCCUGCUUCCCGCAACCAACCACCACCAGUAAUAAAAGCUAUGGUGCCAUUGUUACUCCGUAAA